AUGUCAACCCUGACCUCGCACACGGUGAUGUGCUCCGAAGUCGCAGAGAUGACCGAGACACAAGCAAGUGGCGGUUCAACUAAGCAAGCGUCAUCUCCGAUUCCAAUCGGAGCACCCAUCAGCGCCGAGGAGGCUGCUAAGCUCUGGGAUGAGUCCUUGUGUCCCGAACUUCCUCCCAUUGCUCCGGGCGCGGGGAAGGUGUCUAUAUGCGAUCUUCGCAUCCUAAGCCCGGAUCUAAUGGAGCCUCUCGUCUACUCUACAAGUUCCAUUACUCCGGAACAUACCCAGAAGCCUCUCUAUACCAUCAAGCAGGGCUGUCUCUUUUCCAUGGGCUUCUCCUGGCGGGUCUCUGAAGCGCCCAUAGUUGGGUUCAGAUCCCUUGUUCGGAUUUACCGCCUAGGCAUCCCUGUCUACAAGGGGAGGGUAUUCCUCGGAACGUUUCUUCCUCGAAGUGAGCCAUAUAUAUAUUUCAUGUCCGAAGAGUGUGCACCCAAGGGCAUUCUGGCAAAGGGGUACUUCAGGGCAAAAUUAGAAUUCGUGGAUGAACACAACACCAGCUUUGGGAGUCUGGAGUACCUGUUUAACUUUUCAGAUAAUUGGGGUUAA